AUGGCUCUCCAGCUCAAAGUCGGUGCCAAAACUAUUGAGACUGUUCCAGCUGUUAAAAACCUAGAGUGUACCCACCGACUCGUCUUGGGAGACCAGUCCGUCCGUUUCGAGAUUGUGGUGGAGGGAUCCAACAAGCGCCGCCGGAAGCUUGUUAGUUCCGAUGGCUUUGCCUACACCGUCAAGACCGUGACCAACAGGACAUGGAGGUUCAGCAUCAGAAACAAGACAAUCUGGUGUCGGGCAACCGUUCUUCAGAGAGGAGACUCCUUCAUUCCUGGUUCCUGCGACCACGUGCAUGCGCCAGACAACCUUAUUGUCAACCGAGUGAAGGACUCCGCUCUUGCAGAUAUUCACAGAUCGGCAGGAAGCAUCGCAGAGGCCGUUUUGUCCGAGCAGCUGGACCACAACUACUUCAACCUGCCCCGACCCGACUACCUGGCUCGUGCUGCCAACCGCCUACACCAGAACCUCCGGCCACGGGAUCCGAAGGACCUUGACUUCGAGAUAGACCAUGGUUUCCUUAGGUGCCCAGAACUUAUUAUCGGAGACGUCCACGUCGACAAUCAGCGCCACAUCCUGUUUGCUACGGAGCAACAACUGUCCCUCCUCAGACAAUCCAGGCGCUGGUAUCUGGACGGAACGUUUGAGGUACGGAAGGAUCCCUUCAAACAGCCAUGCUCCGUACAUGCAUUCCUUCAGAAGGACGACUCAUGCAAGCAGGUUCCGCUGGCCUUCACCCUGAUGUCCAGCCGGAGGACGCAGGACUACGAAGCUGUGUUCCGGAAGCUGAAGGAGUGCCUUGGUGGUCAGCCAGCUGUUCAGGGCUUUGUAAUGGAUUUCGAGUCAGCCUGUUGGCCAGUAGUGAUGACCGUCUUCACUGGAGCAGAGCUGAAGGAGUGUUCGUUCCACUGGGCUCAGGCCGUUCUGAGGAAGGUUGGCAGUCUUGGUCUGCGGCCAACGUAUGACCAGCGACAGGGUUGGCAUCAUAGAUUGAACGGCAUAGCGGUACAGGCCAAUUUGCCGUUCUACAUCCUGGUUCCUCUGCUCCUGAAUGAGACUGGUGUCCGAGUCUUCACUACAGAAGAGGCACCAGAGGACGACUUACCGCCGAAUCCAGGGAAGGUAGCGGAGCUGUGGGACCAGUAUGACCAGGAUGCCAUCUCCACCUCGGCGUUCCUGAAGAGGGUGGGGCACGUCUAUGCACCGAGGGCGACGGCUGACCAGCAGUUUUAUAUGUACAGUUUUUACGGAUUUGGACAUUUAUGGUUUUGUAAUUUAAAACAUUGCAUUAAAUAUGGACCUUUUUUUUAUAAUGAAAUCUCGGAAAUAACUUCGGCAGACUAAAUUUGUGUGGCUCUUACGGAGGGGGGCUGGCUCCACGUGGCAAGAGCUGGGCAACAACAAUGUAUGCAUUGUUGGCUGACACCCUCUAUUUAUAUUCACUAAACAUAAAUAACAAUUACCUUAUUGGAAA